AUGUCAAGUCUUAAACAGCUUUUGAUCUUAAACCAAGAAUUCACGAGACUCCCUUGAAAUCAUUGCUUUGACAUUCAUCUUUUUUUUUUCCCCAAACCAAACUAACUUCUUUUUUCUUCUCAACAUGGCUAUUCCAAAAGUUUCAUGCAACUUUCACAGGCUACUUCUGCAAAAAAGACUCCAUUUUUAUGGCUAUUCUUCUUUCAAUUUUUGUCACCAUGAAAUCUUUUCUACCUUAUCUUCAUCGUUUUUUCCUUUUUCACAGCUCUUUCUUGUAAUUUUUACUCUUCAAUGGUCUUGAAAUUUCUCUUUCCUUAAUCAUGCAAAGCUUCUUUUCUUGUUUUUUUAACGUCAACCUUCCUCUUGUUUUUUCUUUUCUUGUCUUUAUUUACGUGAAGGCAAAAAAGUUAUCGCACUAGCCAAAGACUUCCUGUCUAUUUAAUAAAGAAAGACUGAUUCUUGAAAAAUGGUCUUGAAAUUUUUCUUUCUUGUUUUUUAACGUCGACUUUCCUAAAAUGCUUUGUCUUUAUUUAGGUUAAGGCAAAAAAAAAAGUCCGCGCUCUAGCCAGAGACGUUCUGUCUAUUAAAUAAUAAAAGACUGAUUCUUGAUCUUCGAGUACUUUGAAAAAGUUUUUUGGUAUAUGGCUUAAUGGUUUGUUUUAAUGAUAGAUUAAUGAAUUUAAGUUUACCCUUUAGAACCCAUGUUUCUAAAUCAGUUCAUGCAUUUCUUGAAAUCAAAUCACACAUUCAGAAGAAAAACACCUCCUGAUCGAAAGUGUGUUUUUGAUACUUUUUGUCUUCGAUUCUUAAGAGUGCCAGUAUUAGGAUUGUUUUAGUACUAUCUUCUGCUUUUGGUUUUCUAUUACCCUGUCGUGUUACUGCUUGUUGCUAUUGCUACUGCUUUCUUCCAUUUGUUUUUCUUCGGUUCUUACAUUGCUGAUAUCAUUUUCCUAGCCUUAGCCGAGGGUCUUUCGGAAGUAGCCUAUCUGCCCUCCGGGGUAGGGUAAAGUCUGCAUCACGUUGCCGUCCCCAAACCCCACUUGUGGGAUCCACUGGGUUGUUAUUUAAAGGGGUUUUGUCAAUUUUUUUUUCCCAAUGGCUACUUGUUUUAAUCCCUUUAGGCUUAGGAGAUCAAAGAGUAAACCAUUAGAAAUGCCAUCAUCAUCAUCAAGAAAUCAAUGGAAUUCAUCUGAUAUAGAAACAAUGGACAAGAAAAGAUUUGAUAGUUUAGAAUCAUGGUCAAUGAUAUUAGAAUCUGAUAAUGUUGAAACUUGGGAAGUUUCUAAAGAAGAUCAAGAAGAAUGGACAGCUGAUUUGUCUCAGUUAUUUAUAGGUAAUAAGUUUGCUUCAGGAGCACAUAGCAGGAUUUAUAGAGGAAUUUAUAAGCAGAGAGCAGUUGCUGUUAAAAUGGUUAGGAUUCCAACUCAUAAGGAGGAAACUAGAGCUAAACUUGAACAGCAGUUUAAGUCUGAAGUUCGUUUGCUCUCUCGUUUAUAUCAUCCCAAUAUAGUUCAGUUCAUUGCUGCUUGUAAAAAGCCUCCUGUAUACUGCAUUAUUAUGGAGUACAUGUCACAAGGAACAUUGAGAAUGUAUCUAAACAAGAAAGAGCCUUAUUCACUUUCAAUAGAAACAAUUCUGAGGCUAGCUCUUGAUAUAUCGCGAGGGAUGGCGUAUCUGCAUUCACAAGGAGUGAUUCAUAGAGACCUGAAAUCAAGUAAUUUACUUCUGAAUGACGAAAUGCAUGUCAAGGUUGCAGAUUUUGGGACAUCAUGUCUUGAAACACAGUGUCGAGAAGCUAAAGGAAAUAUGGGAACGUAUCGUUGGAUGGCGCCAGAGAUGAUUAAAGAAAAACCUUAUACGCGCAAAGUUGAUGUGUAUAGCUUUGGAAUUGUGCUUUGGGAGCUUACAACAGCUCUGUUGCCGUUUCAAGGAAUGACGCCCGUGCAAGCCGCUUUUGCUGUUGCUGAGAAGAACGAACGACCACCUUUGCCCGCGAGUUGUCAACCAGCACUCGCGCACCUCAUAAAACGCUGCUGGGCUGCAAACCCCUCAAAGAGGCCAGACUUCACAGACAUUGUAUCUGCAUUAGAGAAAUACGACGAAUGUGUCAAAGAAGGGCUUCCAUUGACACUCCAUUCAAGACUUGUCAGUCGAAACGCCAUUAUCGAACGAUUGAAAGACUGUGUAUCAAUGAAUUCAUCUAUACCUGUACAUAUCUGACCUGACUCUUUUAUAACCAACAAUAAAUAUUGUCAUUGUAUUAUUGAUCAGCCUUUUGGUUUCUCCAAUAGGUUAGUAAACUACAACUUGUAUAUAUAGUAUACUUAUCACAUCUGAUGUAAUUCAUGUUAUAUGAUAUCUAACAGUGCUAUUGUGAA